AUGGCGGCCCCAAAACACUAUCGAGAUUACACAGAUGACGAAAUGGAGGAGUCAUAUAUGGCGAUGCUUAUGCAGCAGUUCGUUGAAGAGAAUGCCUACAAGUACAAAGGCCUCGAAAAGUCAACGCACUUCCGUCUGUUCUAUCUCGAUCCAGCCACCCCGGACUCCCCGCUAAGGAGGAGAGGAAGCCUGGUAGAGUGCAGCCUAGAUAACCCUCCAGAGUAUGAGGCUCUGUCAUAUGUAUGGGGAAUCGGGGACAAAGAUGCAAUCAUAGGAAUCGACGGAAGUGUCCUGCAAAUUACAACGUCGCUUUCAAAUGUUUUGCUGCGUCUACGGCUUCCCGAUCGAGUACGCGCUCUUUGGAUUGAUCAGCUGUGUAUCGACCAAACGAAUCCGGACGAGAGAUCAGAGCAGGUGCGGCAAAUGGGAAAGAUCUAUCAGAAAGCGAAGGGCGAUCUGAUGUGGCUAGGUGAAGAAAGUUCGAGCAGCCGAGUUGCAUUUGGCUGGGUUCGACAGACAGUCGAAUUGUUUUUUCUAAAAAACACACGAGCCGCGGGAGUCGAUAAUAUGUCAAGACAACAAUAUGAGGCAGUCAGGGAGACAUUCUCAGAACGCCCAAUAUGGCGGCGUAUAUGGAUUGUGCAGGAAGUACUCUUAUCUCGCAACAUUACGCUCCUAUGCGGAGGAGAUUCGCUCGACUGGUCCAACUUGGAAAAAUUGUUGGCGACUGAUUCCUUCCAGCCAACAAAUAUGUUCCGAACAGCCAUCAACAAACUUUUGAACCAUGCCUUUGUUACCGUGAUAUUUCUUGUUAGCUGGCGCAACAAAAUACAACGGAAUGUCCGGGUUCCGCUCAAGGAUAUGCUAUACAUGUUCAGAGACUGGAAUGCCACGGAUGAGAGGGAUAAGGUGUAUGGAUUGCUGGGACUAGUCGAAGAUAUUGAAAUUGUGCCUGACUAUAAGAAGUCCGUCUGUGACGUAUCCAUUGACACUGCGACUGCUAUUGUCACACAGUCGCUCAGCCUGGACUUUAUCUGCAGCGAUCGAAUUGGGCAACUAAGAGAAGAUGUUGCCACUCUACCCUCGUGGGUUCCCUAUCUUGGCAUCAAACAUUUUCUUCUCAAUGGUGCAACCGUCCGACUUUUUGAUGCAAGUAAGGGUACCAUGAUGACUGAUCAAGCCUUUACCAUCCAUCACAAUGUUCUUACAGCGCGUGGUCGUCACAUCGACUUCAUCGAGUCUGUCAGUAACAGCGCCGACAUUAUGCUCUCGUCAAGUUCAGGAUUUCACGCCCAGCUAUUCGAAUCUAUUCCAAAAUCUUGUAUUCCGAAGGAUGAGACGGAAGAGAGCAUCGGUCGGUGGGAUGCCAUAUGGCGUACUCUUGUCCAUGAUCGCAAUGUGUCACUGCACAGACUGACUGGGUCGGAAGUUCUCGCCUAUCGCGCGCAAUUCUUCCAAUGGUUCCAUGCAAUACUCUCUACGGGCACUCCGCCAUCCACGAAGCCGCCAUCAGAUUUCAUGAUGGUGUUAGAAGCUAUUAAUAUAACGGAGCGGCAGUUUGCGAUAACAAAGAAUCACAAGCUGGUCGUUUCUGCAGCUAAUGCAGCGAAAGUUGGCGAUGAAAUUUGCAUCCUGGAGACUGCUUCUGUGCCUCUGAUUGUGCGUAGCAUUGCGGGUAGCGAACAAGGCGAGGCAUUUCAUUAUAUUGGAACUGCAUAUGUGCAUAGUCUGAUGGAUGGUGAAUUGAUGAGAGAUGGUCAGUACCUGACACAAAGUUACAAACUGAUAUAG